UGAAAAGCGGGUCGCAAACAUUCGAGAGGGAAACAAAGAGGGAGCGAGCACCCCGUUACUCCGGGACGACAAAAAAACUGGAAAUAGUGUCUUUUUAUUCACCCGCGGACUUUGUCAGCUACAUAAGGCUCCGACAUGUCUCAUAAACAGAUUUACUACUCUGAUAAAUACGACGACGACAAAUACGAAUACAGGCAUGUAAUGCUUCCUAAAGAUAUAGCAAAACAUGUACCCAAGACCCACUUGAUGUCUGAGACUGAGUGGAGGAACCUCGGGGUCCAGCAGAGCCAAGGAUGGGUGCAUUACAUGAUCCACCAGCCAGAGCCACACAUCUUACUGUUCCGCCGUCCUCUGCCAAGCCAGAAGUCAUAAGGGAGAUUCUCUGGGUCCUUGAAAGAUCAGUCUGACCAUCUACCACAGAUCAACUCAUCACAACAAGCAACAUGUGGUCAGAUUACCAAACUCUUCUGUGGGAGGUGAUGUUUCGCUGAUGAUGCUGGACCUGGAGGGUCACAUUGAUGAACAAUGAUUGUAGAAUGGAGUAUAAGUUGAAGGAAAAGAAAAAAAGGAAAAAGGAUCACCAUUCCAUUGUGGGGAGAAGACUUCUGCACGGGCGAACACCGUCGACCCAGAAACAUUCAGAUCAGCAUCAACUGUCCUUUUGACUUGGCCUGUUUGUCCGACUCUCUGAACCUGCUUGGAUGUUCCAGCUUUUCAGAAUAACUGCUGUGACAGGUGGCGAGUAAAACUUGAUUGAACAUUAGUUAUUCAAAGAGUGCAUGUAUCUGGGUAAAGCUCGGGUUAGACAAGCCAGAUCAAGUAGCUGGAUCCCAAAUUAAGUUUGACUCAAAUCUCCAUCUGCGGUUUCAAAUGACACGUUGCUGCUUGGAUUAAAUGACACUGUAAAUUGACAUUUAAGAAUAUUUUUUGUCAUUUGCUUAAAAAUCUGCACUGAUGAGUCAUAGAAACUAGUUUGGUUACUUUUGGUCUUAAAAGAUUAGUUUUGGCCUUCUUUACAAUUAUAUUUGAAAGUAUUGAUUUUACCGGUGAGCUGCUCAGUAUUUAUGUGUGUUGCUCUGUCUGGAAUAAAUGUAAACUUUUUAAUUA